AUGCAGCACCCGCAUGGCGCGUGGCGCGCAGCAGAAUGCGCCCUGUUUGCCAAAUCGGAGGUCCUCGAGCCUCUGCAACGCGAGUCGCCUCACAAGCGCUUCGUCCUCGGCGGUCUGGCUGCGUUGGCAGUCUCUGUCAAGCAGGCGCGAGACGAGGGGCAUGACCUCCCGAUUGCGGCUGAGCUCGCGAACACGCUCGUCCCGACCUCGUGCACGCCCAUCAUCGUCCACCUGCCGUCCUCGUUCAGCGCGGCCACGAGCACGUUCAACCACCCGUUCCGCACCGUCGCGGGCGACCAACAUGGCCAGAUCCAAUGCCACCUCAAGUUCUCGCCCCUCCCGCUCGACCCGUCGACCCGCCCGAGGCUGUACGACACCCUCGUGCACGUCGUCAGUGUCGGCUUCUCGGCGCCCAUGUCGUACCUCUCGCCGUGGGCCGUCGCCGCAGAGCACCUCGUCCUCGGCGCGCCCGUUCACUCCGCUUUCGCUGCGGCGUACAUCGUCCGUCUCGCCGUCUCGGUCGGGACCCAGAUGGCCUCGGCAGCUGAAGCCGGCGACGGGCGUCGACUCGGUGCCGCCCACGCCGCGACGCUGCUCGGCGAAGCGCUCGACGGUAUGCUCACCGCGCCAGGAGGUGGCGCCGUCCUCGAGACGUGGAUCGAGCGGUUCGGGCGCCAAGCGUGGCCUUUGUCGAUGCAGACGUGGGAGGAGGUCGUGUUCAAGGUGCACCGCAACGAGCUCGGGAGGCAGCAGCACCUUGAGCUGUACGAGCGGCUCGGGCAGUUCCUCCUGCCGGUGGUCAAGGAUGCAAAAGCACGCUUCAACCGCCACGAGGCUCAUGCGCUCGGCAAGUUUGCGCCGGCUGCGCGCCGGGCGAACGAGCGCGCGACGACGUUUGCGUAG